CUGUCAUUCAAUAAAUAGGCAGCAAAGUCCUCACCAUUCCAAUACACUGCUGGAAAGAUGAGACAAUCACACCAGCUGCCCCUAGUGGGGCUCUUAUUGUUUUCUCUUAUUCCAAGCCAACUAUGCACCAUCUGUGAGGUAAGCAAAGAAAACUACUCCCGUUUAAACCCUCUACUAAAUACAAUGAUCCAUUCAAAAUAUGCCAGAGGAAUCCAAGCUGCCAAUGUCCUGUUGUCCCUCAGACUUGUUGGAAUCCAGGACCAAAACUUAGAACAACAAGUGUUCCAAGAAGUCAGCGACAGUGUGGAAAAGAAGAGGUCAGAUUUAACCUCGGGAGAGCUUGCCUUAGUUAUACUGGCUUUGAGAGCAUGUCAGAACUCUGAUGAAAGUGUUACAUAUUUCCAUCUGGUCAACCAACUAGAAGAGAAAUUCCAAAAAGAAAUUGAAAAUAUGGGAGUACAUGAUGGCAAUCCGCUGACUAACUACUACCAGCUCAGCCUGGACGUGCUGACCUUGUGUCUGUUCAAUGGGAGCUACUCAAUCACCGAAGUUAAAAAAUAUUUCAGUCCUGAAAAUAAGAACUUUUAUUUUGGUGGUCAGUUCUCAGUAGAUACUGGUGCAAUGGCUGUCCUGGCCCUGACCUGUGUGAAGAGGAGCAUCCAAAACAAUGGAGAGGAUUUACAGGAUAUCAGUCAUUAUAUAGAGUCACUGGUAAAAAAGAUUCUGUCUGAGAAAAAAAGAAAUGGUCUCAUUGGGAAUACAUAUAGUACAGGAGAAGCUAUGCAGGUAAGUCAAAGGCUAACACAGGAAAUAGGGAAGGGAGUCACAGAGGAAAACAAUAACUUCAUUCUUUCUUUUUGGCCUUCUAAGAUCUUAUUAUCCAUCUCCCAGAUCUUACCUGCCCUGAUGGGAAAAACCUACUUGGAUGUUAACAAUGUCUCUUCUUGUGCCAGUGGUCCAGGUCACCUUAACAUCUCUAUUCAUGAGCCAAUACCUGUGGAACCUACCAUUUCAUCCACAUGGAUCUCAGUCAACUACACUGUGCAAAUCAAUGAAACAUUUUUCACCAAAGUCACCGUGCCAAAGGGUUCUGUCUUCCUGAAUGUGAUGGAGGAAGCUCAGAAAAUCAAUCAGACUGCAUUUCGUUUCAAAUAUGUGGAGAGCUCGUGGGGCCCUUACAUCAUCUCUGUUCAGGGCUUGGAGGAGAACCAUAAUGACAGAACCUACUGGCAACUUCUGAGUGGAGGCGAACCAGUGACCCAAGGAGUUGGAAGAUAUGUUGUCCAUAAUGGAGAAAAUUUGGAGGUUCGCUGGAGCAAAUACUAAUAAACUCAAACCUUCCUCUGCCGGAUCUAAUUCUUUUGCAGUGGAAUUCCAUGUGGAUAUUGGCCUCAUGCCUUUCUUUUUAUUUAUCUCAAUCACAAUAGGAGCUUAAAACACCUCCCUUUCUCUCUUUGCAUGUUCAAUAAAUAUCAACAAGUA